CUUCUACCUCAAAACAAUCCACUUUUAUCCAAUCCCUUUCUUAUUCUUUACAACUCUCUCACCUUCUCCUCGUUUCUCCCAAAAACUGUUCUUUUCCUCUCUGUUCUGAACCUAAAUCCAACAGUGUUCGAUAACCCAGAUUGAAAGGUUCUGUUUUUAUUUUCUGUUUGGUCGGAGAAAACUAGGGUUUUAUUUCUUAAUGGGAGCUGGUACAGUUGUGUCUGGACGAGUAAGGAAAGAUCUUUCAAGAACGAAUCCAAAUGUGAAUCUUCCUGUGGUGACGAAAUCUACUAGUGCCGAGACUCGUUCUAACUCACGUAAGAAGAAGAUACAAAGACGGAGCAAGACAACCCUAAUCUCUCCUGUUCAGAAACUGGUCGAUACUUGUAAGAAAGUUUUCGCUAAUGCUAAAUCUGGAACCGUCCCGUCUCUAGACAAGAUUGAGAUGCUUCGAAGCGUUUUGGAUGAAAUCAAACCUGAGGAUGUUGGUGUGAGUCCUAAAAUGCCGUAUUUUCGAUCUAAACUGACUGGUCGAUCUCCGUUAGUGACGUAUCUUCACAUUUAUGCAUGUCAUAGCUUCUCGAUUGGCAUAUUCUGUUUACCAUCAUCUGGUGUAAUCCCUCUUCACAAUCACCCGGAGAUGACUGUGUUUAGUAAGCUCUUGUUUGGUACAAUGCACAUCAAGUCCUAUGAUUGGGUUGCUGAUUGUCCCCAGCCGAGUUCGGAUACUCGUUUGGCGAAAGUGAAAGUUGAUUCGGAUUUCACAGCACCUUGUGACACUUCCAUACUCUAUCCAGCGGAUGGAGGCAAUAUGCAUUGCUUCACCGCGAAAACAGCUUGUGCGGUUCUUGAUGUUCUUGGUCCUCCUUACUCUGAUCCCGCAGGACGUCAUUGUACUUACUAUUUCGAUCUCCCAUUCUCCAGUUUCUCAGUGGAUGGAGUUGCGAUUGCGGAAGAGGAGAAAGAAGGUCAUGAGUGGUUGAAGGAAAGGGAAGAGGAGCCAGAGGAUUUGACGGUUACAGCAAUGAUGUAUAGUGGACCAACCAUCAAAGAAUGAAUGUAAAUGGAAACAUAGCAAACCAGAAAAAGAUGCAUUUUUUUUUUUGUGUUUUUCUUGAUUUGUGUUGGGUUUUGGUUGUAUAUAAAAAAGAGGUUUUUGAAAGUACACACACAACAAAGGACAAAUCUAGUAUUUAGGUAAGAACAAGUACAGCUUUGUCGGAAUGUUGUAG